CCCAACAUUUUCAAAUCCAAUUUGCAGAAAACAAUAUACACGUAUUAGCUGUCGAAAUUCCACUUUAAUUGGAAACUGACUUAAUUCUACUCGACAAGCGGUCUUGUCACAUAAAAUCAGAACUCGUUAUCUGGGUGACACCUCAGAGAUUCGCACUAGCGGUAGUUAAACGACACUAGUGGAUUAUUUAGUGGACACAGGUAAUAGAUAAGGUUCAGUAACUUGUACUUAGUCUUGAUAUUUUGACAGUAUGUGAGUGCAGUGGAAUAGUGAAUAAAAUACAACACCGGUGUAAAUUGUAAUGUUAAAACGACACUCGAGCUCGGUGUUUGUUAUGGGUCUAAUGAAGUAAUUCAUGCACAUGGACAUUGAUUAAUUAAACAGUGUAUUAAACAUCGACGAUUUGGGCAACAAUAAAAGUCCACAUUUUGUUUUAACGAGAAGUAAAGUUGUAAGGAUUUCUCAACGUGUGCUUAUGUUCAAAGUAACAAUUGGUUUAAUAAUUUUAUACGUUUUAAAAUACCUCAAAAACUGUAACUGAGACCAUGACAAACUGAAACUGAGACCAUGACAAGACAGAGAUGGGGAAGGCGAAUCGAAUUCUUUUUGACAACGAUUGGAUUUUCUGUCGGCGUCGGAGAUUUAUGGCGUUUUCCGUUUUUGGUGAUGAAAAAUGGCGGAGGUGCGUUCCUCAUCCCGAUCGUUAUAUUCAAUGUACUGGGUGCAAUGCCUAUCGUAUAUCUAGAGAUGUUAAUGGGACAGUACUCGCAGAGUGGAGCCGUGUCCGUGUGGAGAGUCUGUCCUAUCUUUAAAGGCGUCGGAUACGGUACCGUGAUAGCCACGUUCCUUUUCUCCAUCUACUACGCUGUCAUUAUUGGCUGGAUGCUGUUGUACUUCGUCUAUUCCCUCUUCCCGAAACUCCCCUGGGCGUCCUGUGACAACGAGUGGAACAUCCGGGAGACGUGCAUCGUUGACCGCGUGGCGGCUGCGACGAGUAACGUCACCGCUACGACGUCGCCCGCGAACGUUACGUCAGUGCUUACGACGUUAGCGCCGACAUUAUCCACCGUGUUGAAUAAUGCGACGUUCAGUUAUGAUGUGGGAAAGAGCGAAACAGCGGCUGAACAGUUCUUUAAGUACAAGGCUUUGAGGUUGUCCGAGGGUCUCGAAGUGUUGGGUGGAGUCAACUGGCCUAUGUUUGGUUGUCUCGUCGCCAUAGAAGCACUGUGCUUUUUAUGUAUUUUCAAGGGCGUCAAAUUGUCCGGCAAGGUUGUGUACUUUACGGUACUCGGACCUUUCGUGAUGCUGUUUAUAUUUCUGGUCCGGGGCGCGAUUCUCCCAGGAGCGGUGGACGGCAUGAAAUACUACAUAACGCCCGACCUAAGCAAACUCAAAGAUACAAAAAUCUGGGCGGAGGCAUGUAUGCAAGUGUUCGUGUCGAUAGGGCCUGGAUUCGGAGGGAUGAUCACGUUUGCAAGCUAUAACAAAUUAAACAACAACUGUGUCAGGGACGCGGUACUGGUGUGUCUGAUGGACUUGCUCACGGGCUUUACGGGAGGUUUCGUUAUCUUCUCUGUUCUCGGCCAUGUGGCUUAUAGGUCGGGGCUGAAAAUAUCGGACUUCCAACAAUCAGGUUACGGUCUAGGGUUCAUCGCCUAUCCCGAGGCUGCCAAUUAUCUACCUCCACCUCAACUGUGGUGCGCACUGUUUUUCUUCAUGUCUAUCUUCCUCGGAAUCGAUUCGCAGUUUCCCAACUACGAGAUUGUAGUCACGGCACUGAAGGACGAGUUCCCAAGGCUAUUUCAGGGCAAGUCUACCGUUAUGACACUAGGCGUGAUCAUGGUCGCGUUCCUCCUAGCUAUACCUAUGGUUACAGAGGGUGGAUUUUACCUACUGACGCUAGUAGACUGGUACGCGGCCACUUUCUCCGUGACGAUAUUCGCGCUUAUUGAGCUGCUUGUCAUGACCUAUAUAUACGGUGUACGAAACAUUGAUCAAAAUGUGUUCGAGAUGACCGGGCAACGCGUACCGAUUAUUUUCAAGUUCUGCUGGUACUGCCUCACACCACUUCUUCUCCUGGUGACCCUGGGAUUUACAGUGUACACAUACGCCCCACCGGCUUACAAAGGUUACGUCUACAAGCCCUGGGCGGUCGGGUUGGGCUGGGUCAUAGCGGCCACCUCGCUGGUUCCAAUACCAGUGUACGCAAUAUACGCGUUGUACAGAACUCCCGGGACACUACUGGAGAGGCUAAAAGUAAACCUACGACCAAACGAACUGUGGGGACCUCCGGCCGACGUGCGCGAGACGGAAUCAAAGCAUGCGCAGGAUCGACUUCCGGCGAAUGAAAAAUCAACAAUAACAACGUCUGGAACGCAAUACAUAGAAGCCACAAACGGAGUCUUAAUGUCGAAAUCUGACUACGAAAAUCACUUUCAUGAUAACCCUGCGUUCAAUACUCGUUUGUAAAUACUAUUGACCAGUAGCUAUUACCUUAUAUUAGGCUAAGGUGAAAUGUUCUGGGGAGAGUCAAUCUACACCAAACGGUUCACACUAAAAAUGUUUCAGAUUUGCUGUUGCUCAUUGAAUAUGAACAAUUUAAUCGGAAGGAAUGUCACUUUUUAGUUACCUCAGAUAACUUCAGGUCAGUCAUCUCUUGUUGACAGAUUUUAAACACUCGUGCAUUUAUUUUUACAUUCCUUGUUGUAAAUCAUAUAUUCAGCGCUGGAUAUUACAGUUACAUCUCGAUAUAUGCUAGAUAUUGCCAGUGUAGUAAUAGAAGUGUAGUCUAUGUUGAUGUAAUUCUUACUCUAUUCGAAGCUUAACAGGCUCGUUAAUUUUGUCCGAGAGCCUCACAAGAUGUACGGAGUUUCUAGACAACUCGCCUCAGAUACGAACCUUCGUUUUCUAUUUUGCAAGCAAUAUAAAAACUUGGCUAUAAGUGUUUGUACACAACCAAAAAUCGCAAAAUGUUGAUUAACAGUUCAUCGAUCUGUAAAGAAAUCAAAUGAGAGAGUAAGGGACAAAUGCCAGUGAAAUAUCCUUAUACAGCUAAGGUUAAUCCCAAGGGCCGCUUGCGGGUCCGAUUUCCGUACCUAACGGAACGCAUUGAUAAAACAUUAACCAAACACUUAAUGUUUUAUAUGAUCAUUCACAUAAACAGGCUGUAUCACUUUUACGCAACAUCUUUCAACGAAAUCGGCCGUAAACAUGAUGUCUAAAUCACAUUCAUGUUGUAGAAGGGAUCUCAAAUUAUGGAACUCAUCUAAACCCAGUUAUGCCGAGUGGACUCUUCCAUCCUUCUAAAUUGGAUCAAUUUAUUUCCAAAAUUAGGGCUGUCUAGUCUACUUUUUUCUAUAUUUAGAAUAUUUCUUACAGAAAUUCCUUUAAGCAAACAGCGCAGACCCUGAUGAGACGCCGCUGUUUGCAAAGGCAUUUUUUCUAGACGCUAGGCAUAAAUGGGUUAACAUUUUUUACACCAUUUGUAAAAGAUUUACAUUACCUCUUGAUAGUUCUUUGCUGAAAAUAGCCAUUCAAUGUUAAUCCAUUGUUUAUUUUUAAGGACAUUUCAAAAUGGGAACAUUCGUAUUGUUCUGUACAAACAUUUGAGUUGUUGAGUUUCGAAUACGGCUGUAUUGUAGCGAAAGGUUUCAGAUCGGGAUAAAACUACAUGCAACUUUUAACGCAAAAUUGAUAUGCACAUUGUUAGUGCCAGUUUUAAUAACAAAGGAAGCCACACAAUAUCGUUAAUAAACAUCAGGAACAAGAGGUUCGCUCCGUUGUUUUAUGUGCAUUCAAAGUGCAGUGUAAACGGACAUGUACAUUAAGGUAAAUACUCGUAAACUAAACCUUAUCGGGUUUUUUUACCAUUUCUUAGCCUUAAUUAAAAUCCAUAAAUCACAUAUCAUCUGAAACGACCUAAUUAUGCGAUCGUAUCUGUAAUAUAUGUGCGUUUUAAUAAGAAGGCCAAGCAGUUUUUAAACAAUUUACUAUAAUUUACAUGUGCAAGUCGUAAAAUAGACACGGGCACAUGAAAUUCUUACAGAAUUAUCAUAAUUGAUCGACCUUGUCCUAUUCGAAACGACCGUUUAUUAGAAUAUUGUUCUUAAAAUGAAUGUCAUUACCUAGAAGUAGAACAAACAGUUUCGGUCAAUGUCAACUUUGCGAUAUGGAAGUUGUAAAUUAUACAUGGCUCAAUCAAAGUCCUGCAGCGAGUUCAAAGACAGUAAAUACUUACACAUUUUGGUCUGGUUAAACUAUUGCAGUAAGCUUCAUCCAGUACAGAGUACAGAACAUGAAACUCGCAUUGUGUAUAAGUUUGGACAUAAUAAACAAUGUGAAAUACUAA